AUGCGUUUGUUUUUCCAAGCUAACUUUCUCGCGGUCUUUAUUGUAAUGACUGUCAAAGGCGAUGGAUCUUCUUCAUCCUGCCCCAAGCCGUACGACAAGAUGAUGGUAUGCAACCUGAUGUGUAACCUCCUACAGGAUUCGAGCGCAAACGACGCCAUUAAACUGUUAUAAGCGAAACUGGAAAGUCUCGUUGCAGUGAUGAACAAACCUGCAAUAACAACAGGUAAACUAUAGCAGAUAUUAACGAACUCUCACUUCUUCGACGCAUUUGUCUUCCGUUCUCACGCGUCUUAUUUUGCUAAGCGAGAGGAUCUGAAGACAUUAUUAACAGAAACCUUUUUAUUUCCUAUUUGAUCACAGUCAUUGCCGCUUCCUCGUGCAAGGAACAGUAUGAAAAACACAAGUGAGUUUAAGUCUUGAAUAGAUAGAUACAGUGUUGUGAAAUAAGGCAAUUGGCACCAAGAAAAACUGGCUUUUUCUAUUUAAGAGAUGCUAUAAAUUUUUUCUUAAAAAUUUGACAUUCGGUCAAAAAUGACAAGAGUUGCCGAUAAAUGCAAAAUAAAACAAUGCAGUGAAUGUUAGGUUCGCUGUUUUCAAUUUCGUAGUUCGACCAAAAGCCAAGUGUACACGCUGAAGUUUGGUUCGCAAAAGAUUCCUGUUUACUGUCACAUGGGCAACUUUGGAUGCGGAGAUGGAGGGUGGACGCUGGCCAUGAAGAUUAAUGGCACAAAGGUAAACGAUUCUCCUGGCAUACGGAAGUUAUGUUUAUAGUGUAAAGUUAAUGGGUUCUUGUUUGUAUUUCAGAAAACUUUCCAUUACAACUCUGGGUUUUGGAGUAACAAGAAUCCCUAUAACCUUCCAGGAGGCAAGACCGGGUUUGACGGUCAAGAGACUAAACUACCAACUUACUGGAACACAUCCUUCUCCAAGAUUUGCCUGGGUAUGAAGAUCGGCCAGCAGAUCAAGUUCAUUGUUAUCAACAAGAAGGCCGCUUCUCUGCAUUCAUUGAUCGCAGACGGGAAGUAUCGCACCACGUCACUGGGUCGCAACACGUGGAAGAAGCUGAUUGGCUCUCAGGCAUCCCUGCAGACUGGGUGCAACAAGGAGGGGUUCAAUGCUGCCAGUUCCGGCUCCUAUGCUAAGGCAAGAAUCGGUAUCCUUGGAAAUGACCAACGAGAUUGCCACACCUGUGAUUCCAAAAUUGGGUUUGGAACGGGAGGAGACAAAGACGAUUCCAACACAUGUGGGAACAACGCUGUCAAGGGAUAUACAUCGGAUAAUGGGGAGAGAAACAUCAAAGCCAUGGGAUAUAUCUUGGUGCAGUAG